AAAGAGAUUUAAUGAAUGAAAAUGAUUCUCCGAGGGAGGGAGUGUCCCCCUCCCUCUCUAACUAUGAUACUAGCUCCCCUGUUCUUCAUGUAGUUGUGGUCGGGUUCCAUCAUAAGAAAGGUUGCCAAGUGGAAUACGCGCACCCUCCCCUUAUUCCAGGUGGACAGAGUUUCUCAAAUGAGAUUCCAUCCCAGUGGAGAAACCUUCCUUCGCUAGCUCUUCCAGAUGGAUCUCAUAAUUUCACACAGGAUACUGUUUUCUUUCAUCUCCCCGCUCUACACAAUCCUCGACAAACAGUCUUUGGAAUAUCCUGCUACAGACAAAUAGAUGCAGAUAAGGUUAAAAUCAAGACCGAUGAUAUAACACGUGGCACUGUACAGAAAUCUGUUUGUGUGCUCAGUCGUCUUCCACUUUACGGCCAGAUCCAGGUUAAAAUGUCGUUGAUCACCCAAGCUUACUUUGAAGAAGGAGAUUUCUCCAAGACUGAGUUGAUCAAGGAAACCUACGAGAACCUGAACGAGUGUCUCUCCGACGACAUGUUGCACACCCAGCAGUUGUAUGUUGGGCUCUCCGCCAGGGAGUUUGUGUCGAGAUAUAAACAGAAAUGUCUUCAGCUGUUUAAACUUGUUCUAUUAGAGAGAAAACUUUUGUUUUUUAAAUCUCCAGUCUCUGAGCUCUCAGGUGAUAUAUUGACCCUGUUAUCCUUGUUCCCUGGUUUACUAGAGGAAGGAUUAGCGGAGUCCUCUUGUAUAGUUCCAGAGGAUACUCCAGAACAUACUCCGGAGCAUAGUAUAGUUGAUCCUGCCCUAGAGGCUGACAAUGAGAGUGUAAAAAGUAUCAGUCCUUCACCAUCCGUGAAUUCCUUCAUCCCGCAUUCAGACAGUCUCCAGUCCCUCUCCUCAAGGGUUAAAGAUCGGUUAUCUGGAGCUCUAGGUUAUAUCUCCAGUGGGAAAACUCCCUCCGGAGAGAACCCUGGUUUCCCUGAACCUGCAGAGGAGGUUAAAGAAGAGACGGUUCAAGAGUUACCAAACUUUACGCAAACAGCGUCAAUACCUAUCCAUGAAUUAGAUUUACCUUUGAAGAUUUUUACAGCUGGAAACUUGUGCCAUCCAUAUCUCUCUCUUCCUUAUUUAGAUGUUUUGAUGCAACCCAGUAUUCACGGAUACAUCAUCGGAGCCACGAAUGCGUUGUUUAAAGCCAAGUCUGGUAUAUCUGAUGUUAUCCUGGAGAUAGACGAGGAUAGGUUGGAGGUUAAUAAUCCAGAACUACGAAGAGCAAUAUCUCUCACUACCGAGGACUUGAGAUUUAUUGAUAAUGUGAUCAGAGUUGUAUCAGAGGAAGGAAGGGAUCAGUUUAUGGAAGGUGUAGGCUGGGAAGGUGGAGAUGAAUGGGUUCGGGCUCAGUUCAGGUUCUAUCUAAUCUGCCUUCUCCGAACUAGUCUAGAGAGUAGAGAUAAACCCGUGAUGCAUCAUUUUAAUUCUCAAUUCUACUCCGCCCUAGACUCUACACUCUGGUACAGGAGCUGGGUGAGGAACCCUCCUGAAAAACUUGUUAACAUUCCUCCAGGACAUCCUUGCUCUGGUCAACUAUCUGUAUCUGAUGUAAAACUUCGUCUAUCUCACACUAUGCACAACACCGAAGGCGGUAAAAGAGUGAGUGCGGCGGUUGCUUCUACUGGUCGAGCGGUAGCCGAUACCGGUAAAGUCAUGGCCGGCGGUAUCGGCGCAGCUAAAGGUGCACUCUCAGCCUGGUGGGGAGGGUUAAGACAGGAUAAAAGUAAAUCUCCAAGUCCCCCAGAUGCCAGUCCGGCAGGUUCUCCUAGUUCUGAAAAUCAGGUCCCAUCAGAGACUAAUCAAGAACCUUCUGAUAAACCGGAGAGGAGAGAAGAAGCUUCUAACAGUAGAAACAAGGAUCAGGAAUCAGUGAAACAUUCCAACUAAAUAAAUUUACCUGAAAUUCAAGCCAAAGCUAUAAUUAUAUGUUAGGUCUUAAGCUUACAUUAUAUGUCAACCCAAUGUAGUAUUUAUGUAUUGUAUUUUGUAAAAUUAUCUGUUAUAUUUAAUUCAUUAGUUAAAUGUAUUGUUCACGUAUUGAUAAUCACUAACCCACGGGGUCCACACAUUUAUUUACCAAUAUUUACCAAUUAAUCUGUUCCGAUUCCAAGCUUUCACUUUUCUUUACAUUUCCCAUUAUUAAAGUAAAUGAAAAGAAACCUUUAGUUCUCCGCCAUUGAAAAUGCACGAGGAAUCGUUGGCGUACUAAUUAAUCAGAUUGUGCGAGCUUAAAUAUGUUUUUCGUCAAAGCAAAAUAUGAUAUUUUUACUAGAUAAAGGACUUAAAUAUUUACUUGACUAUAAAUGAGACUAUUAAAUUCAAUGGAGAAAUUAUUUUACUGUUUCUUUGUUUAAUUGAGUAAAAUUAAAAACCUGUCUGCCAAAAAAUUUUCCUUUAAAUCCGAUUUCCUUGAUCAGUUUGUCCUUAUCUCUAUGCUCUGAAACCUGGAUGUUUUAAGGCAAAAUUUUGGAUAUCGUGGUUAGGCGGGAAUCUCCACUAUUUAUCGUAAAGUAAUUGUAAACAUUUAUUCGUUUUGCAAUUUCUAGAUAUGUAUAGAAACAAUUCUCCAAAAGUAUAAUAUUACAACAAUUUUUUCAAUUUGUUCUUAUUGACUUCAGAUGCCUUUAUAUUACCUUCUCCAAAAAAACCUAUUUUUUAAAUUCUAGAAACAAAACAACUAAUUUAUUCCUUUUAUCAAAAUCAUAUUUUUCAUUUAUUCUCUUGUUAUUUAAUUUUUCAUAUACUAUAUCGUGGAAUGAAAAGCUGUGUCUAUUUUUAGCAUGAAUAUGAAGGUUAGGGGGCCAUAUCUUAUGAAAAAAUAAAAUAUUAUUAAAAUGUCAUUUAACACUUGGUUAUUAUGUCUUUUGGAGAAUUUUCACGUUUAAAGUCGGGUCUUAUUUUUUAUUUUUAUUUGUCAUAAUUGGUAAGCGAAAAUUUUGAGAACAUAGUGGUAUUAACGGGCUUGGUAGUUAGAAAAUAGAUUUUGAAUAAGAAGUCUUACAAAAAAAAAAAUAGAAGACUCUUAGCUACUUAAUAUUUGAAAAUGUAUGUUGUAUGAAUCAGUCUUGUAACAAUUGUCCUUUGUGCACUGUGCACCUACUAGUCCACUUUAGACGCAUUUAUUUUAGUUUUUAUGCGAUUGUUUCGAUUAUAAAAAUAACUUAGAAAUUAUCUGAUCGCACAAUAAUAUUUUAGUAAAAAAAAACUUUAUUUAAAAUCUUUCUAUAAUUUGAUAAUCUUUCAGAAAAAA